AUGGCAUCCAACAAGCCACCACCACCCCCACCCCCACCUCCACCAGCGCAAACACCGCCCCCCGCGAACCAGAUCCCCCGCCCCCCGCGCAUGGCCUUCAAGACCUGGUUGCUGACUGGAGCCUUCGCAGCCGUCGCGGUCGUCGGCGCGAUCUACGGAGCGGGGCUGAAGACGCAGCAGGAAUACAAGAAGGAGAAGCAGAAGAUCGUCGAGGCCAGCGCCGAGGACCGCAUACGGGAUUUAGAAGGGCGGCGCGCGACGCUCGUGGCGUAUCGAAGGCCGAUCGAGAGGAAGCUCGACGACCUGCGGGCUCGCAUGAGGGAUCAGGACCUCAAGGAUGCUGCUGCUGCUACUACUGCCGCCGCUGCCGAUAAAGAUAAUAAAGUAAAAUGA